AUGUGCAAUCCCCAGAACGAUGUCGAAAUGAGAGAUUAUCGUGAGCUGAGCGACCGGUAUGAUGAUCAUCUUGGAAAUCAGGAUGGCGGUGAUGUGGAUGAAGCUGAGUUAGGUGAAAUCGAAGAUUUGCGACACAAGGCUGGAUUGCCAUCCCACACUUCUGCAGGCCUGCCCCAUCGAGCCAUGUGCAAUGACUGUGGAGACCCCAUACUUGUAGUUGAGAGACAUCCAGAAGCAGGCUGGGACAAGUUCGGAUUGUGUUAUGAGGACAUCGGACACAAAAAGAAGAACAUCCCUCACAGUGGCCUCUAUUGGACGAGGUUGAAUGAAAAGGGUGCCAAUUUACUCUGGUACCAGAACAAGAGGGACAAAGGCAUCGUGUUUGAGAAGUAUUUCUCACUGUUUCCCAUUCCCGCCCUAGCCUUGUUAUAUACUGCAGCAGAAUGUUGUGUUGAUGAAUGGACCGAUGGAGAGAAGUUCCACACAUGGAUUAAAGACCAUGGGAUCCUUGAUGCUAUCCUCAAUGACAUUAAUGACAAUGGCAGAGUGGAUAUGACAGAUGUUGCACAUGGAGACUUCCUGUCUGACGGUGAGAUAACCAACACAAUUUGGGAAUACAUGCAGGCGGGUGAUGGCGGGAAUGAGAGUCAUGAUGCAGAUGAGUUUUAUGGUGAAUCUGAAGAUAACGAAGUCGAGCACGAGUAG